AGUGGAAUCGUUCGAUCACAAGCGAAUAAGGGAAUAUAAUUACUAAUAAAAAUGAAAGUGUUUGCGGCGGUAUUUAUCUGCAUUCUGAUUGCCAACGUUACAAGGGCCCAAUAUGCCCGAUGUGUGAACCCCAACCAGAGGGCCGGCCUUUGUGUGCACAUCAACGAGUGCCAGACCCUCUACUCGGUUUUGCAACAGGCCAGCCUCUCGACGCUGGAGAAGCAGUUCCUCAAGGCCUCUGCCUGUGGGAUGGGCACUGACAACCGCCCCUUCGUCUGUUGCACUCAGGACACGGGCUACACGAGAAACAGGCGCGUCACAACCCCCUUUGCGGAUUAUGACGGAUUUGGUGGGGACUGGAGAGAGGAGAGACCAAACAACUUCGCAUUUCCGAAUGAAGCACGUCGCUCCUGGAACUUUGGAGGUAAUGGCCAAAGAUUUGACCCUAAAUCGGCUCAAACACAACCGCGCGAACAGUCGAUCAGCGGCGAUGGUUCCAGCCUCCUUCCCCAGCCCCCCAUCUGCGGUGGUAUUGCCAUCAAGAACAGAAUCUACGACGGCGAGGACACCGACCUCAACGAGUUCCCCUGGAUGGUGCUCAUGGAGUAUCGCAGACGAAACGGUAACGGCCUCUCCACGAGCUGCGCGGGAUCGCUGAUCAAUCAGAGAUACGUUUUGACAGCAGCCCAUUGCCUGACGGGCCGCAUCGAAAGGGAGAUUGGACCACUCUCCUCGGUUCGUUUGGGCGAGCACGACACGCGCAGUGCGGUUGACUGUCCCAGCGGUGGAGGAGGUUGUUCUCCUGAGGCUCAGCGCCUAGGCUUCGAGGAAAUCCGUGUGCACGAGUCCUACAGAGAGAAGUCGCCCAACCAGAUCCACGACAUUGGCCUAGUCCGCCUGGAGCGUAAUGUUCGCUACUCGGAUAGCAUUCGACCUAUUUGCCUUCCCGGAGUCGUGGGUUCGGAGUCGCGGCAAGGGGGCCAGGAGUUCACGGUCGCCGGAUGGGGUCGCACUCUGAAGAUGGCGAGAAGUCCGGUGAAACAGAAGGUAGUCGUGAACUACGUGGAGCCAUCGAGAUGUCGCCAGAGGUUUGCCCAGAUCAAGAUCAAUGUGGAGCCGACUCAAAUGUGUGCGGGCGGACGGUUCCGCCAAGACAGCUGCGACGGUGACUCCGGCGGGCCCCUUAUGCGGUUCCGAGACAAUGCCUGGGUCCUCGAGGGCAUCGUCUCCUUCGGUUACAAGUGCGGCCUCAAGGACUGGCCGGGAGUCUAUACGAGUGUCACUGCCUACGACAUCUGGAUCAGACAAAACGUGCGGGCCUAGAACCCUCACUG